UUGAAGAUUAAGCGAAAUGGCAGCACCAGAAUUGUUUAUAAAUCAGUCAAUCAAGAAAUUUGGAAACUCAAAAGACCCAGAUCGAAAAAGACCACAGACCCAGAAAAACGUUACAUUGGUGAGUGCCGUUAUAAAAAGGCAAGACUCGAAUCAACGUCCUCUCGACAGUCAGGCUCAGAACACGUGGGAAACCGAGAUAGCGUCUGCUGACCUCUGUGAUUUUUGCGAUUUUCUCCUCUACAUCAAGACAGGAUGAAGAAGACGAGGAGGAGGAGGAGGAAGACAAGGCUAUGCGACAUCAUGGGUGGUUCGCGGCGCCGCCCAGGUGAGCGCGCGCUUUGCUCAUUAAGGAGAGAAGAUUACGGAGGGCUGACCAUGGGGGGGCUGGAGGACUACAUACUGGAGCUGGGGGCGCUGGAGGGGGCUGAUCUCCCCCCCAACUCAACCAACGGGACCCCCCCCACGACCGCCCCCCAAGACGCCCCCCCCAACGAGUCACCGAGGCUAGUCAUCGACGACCCCAACGACAUGAACUACCCAUGGAAGUUCGUUCCCUUCUUCUACCUGCACAUUACAACCUACUGCGUCACCCUCGUCUUGGGCGUCAUCGGGAACGUCGCAGUCAUCGUCCUUAUGGCAGGUGACCGCAAGUCCCGCAACACCACCAACAUGUUCCUGGUGUCGCUGAGCGUGGCGGACCUGCUCAUGCUGCUGCUCUGCGUCCCGCUCAAGACUGUCUCGUUCUUCGUGGUCUUGUGGGACUCGGGCGGCGCGGCGUGCAAGAUCGCCAGCUACGUCAUGAUGCUGUCACACUGCAGCGUGCUCAACCUCACUGCCGUCAGCCUGGAGAGGUUCAUCGUGAUCGUGUUCCCCAUGAGGUCAAGGUCACUGUGCACGAUGAGCAACUGCCGGAGGUCAGUGCUGGUGGUGUGGGUGACCUCGCUCCUGCUGGCCAGUCCCGUCAUCUCCGUCAUGCGAGUGGACACCGUACAAUACACAGACCGUGAGAACUCCGUCUUGGUCACUGCCUAUUACUGCAAGGAGAUGGACUCGGUAGCCUUCCUCACCUACCAGCUGCUCGUCCUCUUCGUCGUCCCCGCCCUGCUGAUGAUCCUCUUCUACGCCGCCGUCUCCCGCGAGCUCUGGAGGUCCACGAAGAACAUACGAGCCUUGACCAACUGUACUGUGGGUGGAAGAAGCUCGGAAACAUAUUACCUCCGAGUCACAGGAGGAGAAAACCUACGAGGAGGAGGAGGAGGAGGAGGAGGAGUGAAGAGUAUGAGGAAAUUAGGAGGAGGGGGGAGCAGGAAUGGGAGGGCGGGGGGAGGAGGAGGAGGAGGUGGAGGAGGAGGAGAGGGGGGUUGCUCCUCCUCUUCCCUCUACGUCCCCCACCCCCCCACCCGCUCCCGCACCCCCUCCCCAGGUCUCCGCGGCCCCCAUAAGAAAGGAAGAGAGAAAGGAGAGGACGUCAAGAAAGCAAGGAAGCAGGUGAUAAAGAUGCUGAUCGUGGUGGUGCUGCUGUUCCUCCUGUGCUGGGGCCCGAACCUGGUGAUGAAGGUCUGCAUCCACCUCGGCCUCACGCAGUUCAACGAGGUCUUCUACAACUUCAACAUCGUCUUCGUGCUCCUCCCCUUCGUCCACUGCUGCAUCAACCCCAUCAUCUACUGCUCCAUGUCCAAGAACUUCAGGCGAUCGAUGCAGCGCGCCUCCCCAUGCCGGCUGUGUGUGGGGGCAUCGCGCUGCUGCAGGAGACGACCGCCCCCCAGAAACCUCCUUACCCGGGUUAUGACAAGAAGCGUCCAUUCGUCCUGCUCCCCCGAAGGAACCACGAGACACACGGACUUAGAAACGGUGUCCACUAUGUAGGAAAUGGAGGAGAAGGAGGAGGAGGAGGAGGAGGGGGUGGUGGUGAUGGUGGUGGUCGGGGAUGUGUUGUAGGAAUAGGAGAAAGAUGAGGAGGAGGAGGAGGAAGAAAGGGGUUGUGUUAUAUAGGAAGAGGAAGAGGAGGAGGAGGAGGAAGAUGUGUUAUAGAAAGAGGAAGAGGAGGAGGAGGAGGAAGAAGAUGUGUUAUAGGAAGAGGAAGAGGAAGAGGAGGAGGAGGAAGAAGAUGUGUUAUAGGAAGAGGAGGAGGAAGAAGAUGUGUUAUAGGAAGAGGAGGAAGAAGGAGGAGGAGGAGGAGGACGAGUUUCAGGUAAAUAUUAAGAAGAAAAGAAAGAAAAAAAGAAAGAAGAAGAAGAAGAAGAAUUUAUAGAGAAUGAAGAAAAAGGAAGAAAAAGAAGAAAAAAAGGAAAUAUAUUGAAAAGAAUGAAGACAUAUUGUUCCGUAUUGAAGAAGAAAGAAAGAACUCAGUGGAGGAGGUGGAGGAAGAGGAGGAAGAAAAUAAAUGAAGAAAACAAUAAGAAGAAAAAGAAGACUGGAAAAGAUAGAAAAGACCUUUGACAUUGUGACCAAGAGGAGGAAGAGAAAGAAGAAGAGGAAGAAAAUAUGUAUCGCUGUAUCUGAUGAUUAAGAGGAAGAGGAAGAGGGAAGACAUUAGGAGGAAGAAGAGGAGGAGGAAGAGGAAGAAGAGGAAGAAAAGGAAUAUGGGUGCUUCUAGUGUGUGUGUAUGUAUGUAUGUAUGUGUGUGUGUGUGUGUGUGUGUGUGUGUGUGUGUGUGUGUGUGUACAGUGAAUCAU